AGAAUGGGGAGUCAACCCAGGUCCCUUGAGGCUGCACACAAGUCGCUUGCUGCCCCCAUGGCGCGCUUCUUGUGCGUGGGCUUGGCGCUGGUGCCGGUACUUGCUGGAACCGGGAACAAGAUGGGAGGCGUGAAGCCGCCAUUGGAGGGCCUCUUGCACCCGGGGCCCGACCCGAAGAGCCCUCAUGCAGAAGGCUACGAGCCCCGCACAGGGGGCGGCCUAUGGGAUUUCGGGGCCGCUCACGCGGCCCGAGUGCUGCUGCACGUGCUGCGCACUGCCCCCGAAGGCGAUGCCCGGGAGGUGUCCAGGGCGAUGGAGGACUUCUCCCGGCAGCACCAGUUGGGCUUUGCUUUUGCGGGUUUGGAGGAUGAGGUGGCUGCAGCUGUGCAAGCUGCAGCUGCCGCAGCGGGCUUGGAGUUGGCGCCAGGCCCGGGCGAUCGCUUCUUCGCGCCGUCGCCCAAGCAGCCCAAAGAUGCGCCUCUGCGCAGGCUGCGGGUGCUGGUGCUGGGCAGCCGCCUCUGCGGCUUCGAGCUCAGGGUGCUGCCGCAGUUGCUGCGGGCAGCUGCUGCUGAGGUGGUGAGCGUGGAAGAGGACCCGCACCUCUCCGACACAGGCGCGCAGCUGCUGAGUCACGCCCUGGGAGAGCGAGAAGAUGUGAGGCACCUCCCAUUGCUGCUGGGAACCGACACCACGUUGACGGAACUCCUGGAGACGCUGCGAGAGGCCUACGAGCUGCCCUCCUUUGAUCUGGUGGUGCUGCAAGGAAGUGAGGGCUGGAGCCAAGCCGAGCAAGCGCAGGACGCUUGUGGAAGCCGGAGCUGUGCAGGCGGGGGCAGUGGUGCUUGCGCUGGGACCCAAAGAGGAGUCUGCCAGGUACGUGGAGGAGCUGGGCUCAAGGUAUUUCACCUCAGAGGUCCAUGCAUCCGCGGAUCUGGCUGCAGUGGUCUCCGUGUGUCGCGAGAAUAGCGAGCUG